AUGAUUGGCUGUCACGAUACGCUUCCAGCUGGAUGCUCAUCUGGCACCGCUUCAUUUAAUCGAUCGGCCAGUCUUCAGGAGCAGGUUGCCAGGGCUCUUCAAGCUAACUUCCUCCUUCUUCACCAGCCAGCUCCCAACGCUUUCAUAAUCCUCGAUCCGAACCCCAUUAGUAAUUGUCAAUGGGAAAUGGCAGGCUGCUCAUCUCCCAAGCGACAGCGUUUCCGAGUGACUCUGGGCGGACAUUCAUCGGGAUGCAGUUGCUCAGAACAACCUCUUGUUUGUACUGCCUCCACGCGGUCUCCCUGUGCACAUAUCCUCUUUGUUCUAUUACGUGUCCUUCGCUUGCGUUUAGAAGAUCCGCGAAUUACAAGGCCACGCCUGGAGAAUUACGAGGUUGAACCACUGCUACAGCGCUACGCACGUCUUCGAGCUUCCAAUUUCAGAAUGCCUGGUGGCUUCUGCCAGAAGGAUAUUCCCUCAGUCUCUUCAGCCAUCAACACAUUCAAUUUUAGUGCGGUUAUCCCCUCUACCAGCUGCGGCGUUUCAAUUCAGAUGAAUACAUCGGCUCUUAGAAUAGUUAUGCCUCGGCCAGUAGUUCUCAAUGCUGCUGGUCCUCCGAAUCCCUGCCUGUUAGCUGCGGUUAGGGCAUCAUCUUCGGAAUGCUCUGAGCUCUCUAACAUCACUAGGAGCAUCGAACCAGCUGCCGCCAUCUGUCGACGCUGUCUCUCGCACACAUCUUCCUCCUCCUCACCACCCCCUUCGCAUCUCUGUGGGGGUGGCAGUGGUGGGGGCAGUGGUGGUGGUGGUGGAAACGACGGAGCCGUCAGUAGAGGAAAUCGGGAAGGCAACACAGAAACUGAGGACCUGGAAGAGGCUCUUGAAAGACGACCGAAAACGGAGCCCCAGGCCUACUAUGACACUGCUAACUCACGAAUCAGCCUUCUCAACUGCUCAAAUGCAAGGUGCGCAAUUCCAUCUAAAUUCUUGUCCACUUUCUUGACCCGAUGGUUGAUAAUUUUUUAA